GUUCACAUAGGGAAAUAACCUACUUAAUGCAAUAUAUAAACCAUCUUUCCUAGAAGGAUCACAUUAGGCUUUGGUUCUGCACGAAGAUAUCAUCUUACAGAAAUAAGAGAGAUAAUGGAGGUCUUUAGCACUCGUUCAUUUCUGCAGCUGAUAUUCCUGGGUUUGUGCCUAUGUGUAACAAAUCAAAAUCAAGCAGAAGCCGAAAGUGUGAGGCUAUGUCCGGUGAACAGUGAAUACCAGGACUGUAGAAAAAUCUGCUUUAAUAACUGUGACAAUCUGAACAGCACAAGUGAAGGAUGCAUUGAGCCCUGUAUUAAUGGAUGUGAUUGUAACGAAGGUUUUGUAUUCGAGUCAAAUAGUUUAACCUCCUGUGUGCCCAUUAAUCAAUGCAAAGUUACUUGCCCUGGAAAUAUGAUCUUCAAGCCCUGUCUCAGAACUCCGCGGAAGACAUGCGAAACAUUAGGAAUCCCCUAUACACCCUACGAAGAGUGCAAGCCACGCUGUGAUUGUGCUAAAGGAUACGUGCUUUCAAGCAACUUUGCCAAUGAGCCACUCUGUAUAAAACCUAGCGAGUGCAAGAGAAAAAGCCAAUAAGUUAUAUAUUAAUUGUAUCUCUAUAAGGCACUCAUGUUAAAAUUCAUGUACCGUGUUUUUCUUAAACACAAAAAAUACAAAUGUGUAUAUAGAGAAAGAUAAUAUAAAUAAUCUCAUAAGGCUCACAAAACAAUUAGAACCAUGCACAAUAAUAAUCCAUCGCUGAAACAUCUGUUCCAAUAAGGCUUUCAUGUAGGAUUAAUAAUAUAAAUAUUUGUGUUUCCUGAAUGUUAACAUCGUUGUGACACAUGACUUGUUUAUAUAUAUAUAUAUAUAUAUAUAUAUAUAUUUAUAUAUACAGUACAUACUGUAUCAAAACUGGAAUUUCCCCGAGAUGUUUAAUUAAGAAAAUAAAAUAACAUUGCAAAA